GUGUGUUGUCUGUCUUCAAUCCACAACUUGUCUUUUUCAGAUAUUCUCGAAUACUGACCAGUUCUCAGUAUCGCUAGUCCUGUCCUCUGAAAUGGAAGUCCAUGGGCCACAAAUGCGAAAGGGCGGAUUCAUUCCGCAUGACCCUCCAACUUGGUCCUCUCCUCUCGUAUCGUCAGUGCUGCAAUGUUGUCGAGGGCGACCUUUGAAUACUGGACCGUCUAGGGACGAUCCUACUCGCAAAUUCUCCGUUGCUAAGCAGCUAUACUCUGAUCCGCUAAGGCAGUCACCCCGUUAUCGCCUUGCCGGGGUUUGCUCGGUUGGUUGGUCCUGUCAAAGACACUACUUGUCUGCUUUGACGCGUUUCUCACGGCCUCUCGGACACUACGGUCCUGUAAUGAAUUACAUGGCUAGAUGCCAAGGACUUGUUCUCCCUACAAGGGAGACAUCGGAACUCCUUGGUUUAAGGCAGUGUCUUUUUGUAUCCUAUCUUACGGUCGGGCAGUUAAGAUGGCAUGCGCAGGUUCAACAGGAAUCAUACUCGAACGCUCCAUCGCGCCUGGGGAAUACACAUGAGAUUCUCGCCUUGCAUGGUGCGACAAAUAUCGGUGGUGCACAGCUCUACCCUGUUUGCGUACAGCUCACUGUGACUGGUUCUGGUACGAAGACCUCAUCAGGACUUGCGUUCCCCGGCGCAUACUCGGCCACAGAUCCUGACAUCCACUUCAGCCCAUACCAGGGCGAUGCUGCGAACAAGAUGCGACGUACGUUGCUCCAGGAAGGCCUGUGUAUCUAGGAGUGUGAACAUAUUCAUCCUGUUACUAAUCUCGCAGCUCUACAUCUGCCGUCGGAAGCUCCCAUGUCUUUUUACGUUGCAAAGCAAAGAUAUACCAAAGAAGUGAGAUCGUCUUGUUGUCCAGAAAACCGUUAUUGAGAAGCACGAUAAUAAUACGGAUAUACUAUAGGUGCUACAAGCGGCGUAUUCAUAAAUAGAAUAAAGAGUGGUUA